AUGAAAAACGUAGUUCUGGAUGCUGAGAACGGAUGUCGGUUGUAUGAUGCGAAACAGAUUCGUCUUCAAUGUUCUUAUUCUACUAGUACACAACUUGACCGUUUGCUUCCAUAUCAGAAUAGUUUUCACGGGGCACGGGCAAACAUGAACUAUUCUUCAGCGAGAGUAUUAGGAGGAACGUCCGAUGUUUCAAGGAAUAACGAGCUCUCCGGAAGAUGGGCGUUCGCUGCCCGUAAGCCAACGAAGACAGACUUGUACCAGAUGGCGAAAGACACUGGUCCUGUAUUUACACUUGCGAGAAAGCAUAACAUAUGA